CGAAGCAAAUGAAAUCAAGUACGAUCUAACUAAAUAUGGAGAUCUGGUUACUGUUCGACAAUACGAUGACGGAAAACUUUUAAUAGUUACCUCGAGAAAAGAUGAUCCAGAAUUAUUACAUCUCGUUUAUCAAAAUGGAAGCAUAAGCACUAUAAAUUAUCAGGAUUCAAUAAAUUUUAAAAAUUCAAGUGCCUGGAUUAUUGAGGAUAGCUAUAAUGAUAUUUCUAAAAGUUUUAUAAUCACAUACAAAAAAUCUAAUGAUCUAAAAUGGAUAAAAUAUGCGUUCUCAAAAAUUGAUGGCAUCGCUACACCUAUAUCAAAUGGAUCCAUCAAAUCUCCGAGAGAUGGUUAUAAUUUAAGUUCUUACAUAGCUUUUUCUGCAAUUGGCAGUCAGCAUGUAAUCGUCUACCUAGUUACGAACAAUACGUCGGUUCAUAAGGAUGACUAUCGCUAUCCUAGUCUUGCCAUUUAUGCGCAUUUUGUAAAAGAUGGCUUAGAUCCACUAUCCGAACAGUUUUUAUUACAUGAAUCAUAUAAUC